AUGGCGGACGAUAACGACGAUACAGAAGGUUUCCGUGGCGGACAAGCGAACAAAAAAGUUUUUGAUGUCAAUGUGAAAUUGUUGAGCUUUUGUGUUUCAGUACACCUUUUUCGUUAUCGAUGGUUCUGAAUCCAUGUUUGACGGCGGCAACGACUGCGAUUUUCGGAAGGCUGUUGAUGUUCGCUUUUAAAAUAUUGAAUUAAUCUUGAAAGGCUUUCCAAAUUCAUUGAAAAAAAGAAGUGGUUCAUUUCAAUUUUUGUUUUUUGGAAAAAGGUGGAUAAUCUUUUUAUCUCCUAAUGUCAUUAUUCACAAGUUUUCAAGAAGACGGAGCUUUUGGUCUUUUAAAAUCAUUUUUGGGUUUUAUUUACUUUUGUUUUACUCCUUUCGAACAUCUUUUUACUCUCUUAAAAAUCCUGUUCAACAAGAAGCUUUGAAAAACUUUAGGAAAGUUUUUAUUCUCUUAUUUUUUCAAUAAAAUACUUGUCAAUUCAUCUAGAAAUUUCUCAUGUUUUGAUUCGACUUUUCAUUGUUUUUAGUUGGUUUUUCCGCGAACUUCUCAACGUCUGUUGCUUGCGAUCGCUGAACAAUCACGUCGGAGUCGUCGUUACUAACACGGUUUUCAUUGAUUCCUUCCUGUUAUGCCCGAAAAUGGCCCGUUGGGGGAGAGGAUUUAUUAGUGGGAAGAAAUGGGACAAAAGAGCUUCAUUAUAACAGUAAAAAAAAGGUUUAUAUAGUUCUUUAAGGUUAUGGAAUGUUCCAGAAUGAAGGUGAAGCUUAGAUCAGAUUGAAAAAUAAGCCAAUCUUGAGUUUUAGAUUUUCCGUGAAGGUUAUAGAACACACAAGGAUUAUUUGAAACCUUUUAGAAGAAUAUAUGAUAAUUCGAGCUUUCUAGAACGAACUGAAAUCAUUACGAAUGAUCCCUAUGACGCAAUAAGAAAAAAAAAUGUACAGAACAUAGGAAAAUAUUCUAGAAUCAGCUCUAAAAAAGCUUUAAGCCUCAAAAAUUCCUUCCAUUUCAGAAGAAAACCACGGACAAAGCCGCCGAGAACAGCGUCGUUUUAUUGCCGAUCGGCGUCCCUUCGCAAGACGAAGUCAAUGAAAUCAAAGCCUUGCUUGACGAUGGUGCAUUUUUUGACAGCUUCAUCCGGGUUACGGAACCCUUCCGGGAAGCUUCCAGUAAAAAGUCGCAGCCUUUUUCUGUGCAUGCGCCUUUAAUAAAAGCGUGUGACCUGCUUUAUAUAUGCGCCUUUAGAAAAACAGAAAGUUCAGGCUUAAUUAAAGGCGCAUGCCCUUGUGCAUUGAAAGAAAGCUUUUUUUCUGUGCAUGCGCCUUUAAUAAAAGCGUGUGGAAUGCUUUAUAUAUGCGCCUUUAAUAACACAGAAAUUUCAGGCUCAAUUAAAGGCGCAUGUUCUUGUGCAUUGAAAGAAAGCUUUUUUCUGUGCAUGCGCCUUUAAUAAAGGCGUGUGGAAUGCUUUUUAUAUGCGCCUUCAAUAAAACUGAAAUUUCAGGCUAUAUUAAAGGCGCAUGCCCUUGUGCAAUGAAAGAAAGCUUCCCGGAAGGAUUCUGUAGAGAUAAAAAUCAUAAAAACCUGGCUCAAAAUGGAUACUUAACAAAUUGGCGGGUUUUUUGAAUUUGAAUCAAACUGAGCAAAGAAAUUUCAUUUAUUUUUAUUAUGAUACACAGGCAAAGUCGGAUGGGUGGAAAAAGGCGCCGUAGAAAUGUUCCCUUUUGCUGCCUUUUUGCGCCCUUUUAUCGGCCCUUAUGCACCAUUUUUCCUGCCUCUCCUUUUUUUCCACCAUUUCUUGAGAUUUUAAAACCGAAGAAAAAAUAAAAGGUUCGAUAAGGGACUCUUUUUGCGGCCUCUAUGCAGCCUUUUUUAAGCCUUUUUCUUUUAUUCCAUUCCAACUUUGCCCGAGUAUUUUCCUACAUUUCUUCCGUAAAUUUUAGUACCUGUGUGUGAAAAAUGAUACAUUUGAUAAUGAUCAAUCCUUCUAUCCAUUUUUCAAAACAUAUCAAGCUUCAGAAAACAUCAAAGACGCUUUCGAAAGCAUUUCCGGUGGAUUCUACAACUCGGAUCUGGCUCAGAUCCUCAAUUACUGCAAGAGAGAGUUUGCAAGGUUUCAUUUUUCGUUUCAGAUGACUAAUUAAUGACCAUUUGGUUCAGCUUUUCGAACACCCGCCAUCAGUCAGUGUUCUACUUCACCAACGACCGACAGCCUUUUGGAAGCGGAGCAUUGGAAGAUUCCAACUAUUUUGUAAUUUAACUGAAAAUUCCUGAAAUUAAUUAAUUAAUUCUUUUCCAGAAGAAAACUCUCUCCGCAGUGAAGAAAAUCGUCGGGCGUGGACAGCGGAAAACUCUCGGAGAAUUUUCGGUCGUUUUUUUCGGCGAGAAACCCGAAGAAGGCGAAUUCCAGCCUGAGAAGGAGCCCUUGGUUCGGAUUGGAGAUAUUGCCGAUAUCUGAUUUAUAAGCUUACAGUAUCUCCUGGACACCGAGGUUUUCGAUACCGACAUAACUCCUGCCAAAAGGUGAAUUAUUGAUUUUUCCAACUUUUUGAACGGAAAAAUUGAAGAAUCCGUCAAAAAACGACGGCUCUCCGCUCUCUGGCAAAUAUAGGCGUACACCUGGGGCCUGGAGUUUCGUUCGACGUUGGCGUGUGGGUUUUUCGGUUUCUUGUAGAUUUGUGCUUGGCUUGGCUAUCAUGUACGAGAGUCGGAAAGGAUGGAAAAAGGCUCUUUUUUUGCUGCAUUUUUGCGCCAUUUCAUCGGCUCUUAUGCACCAUUUUUGCUGCCUCUUCCUUUCUCCACCAUUCCUUGAGCCUUCAAAGUUCUAGAAAAAAUGGAAGGCUCGAUAAAGGUGCUUUUUUUGCUCCCUUUCUGCGUCUUUUUUCUGAGCCUCUCCCUUUUAGCGGCCAUUAUCCACCUUUUGCCCGAGAAUGAGUUAGCCAGCGAAAAAAGCUGCUGUAAGUAGAUUAACCAUGCGAAAUCAAUCGGAAAUUUCAGUUGAUUAUUUCGUCGAUCCCAUUUUCAGUUAUAUCCUAGCGGCUGAAGCGCCAGCCCUGCCGCAUACAAAGAAAUAUUUGAAAAAGACGGAGCAACCGCUGCUCAAACGUGUAGGCUAUGUCCCCGUUUCAGGGGAAUCUUCAGCCGCGAAAACUGUUCGUUUCCUUCAAAAAAUGCCCUCUCAUCAUGUUUAUUAAAGGCAACUGUCGGAGGAGUUCAGAAAGAAAUCAAAGAAGAAGUCGACGAAGACGACUUUGGCGCCACUUUUUUGGGACGAGGCGGUUUUUCUGGUGAUUAUUUGGAAAGAGAUGUUGAAAACUUGAAACAUUUGGAAGUAUUCCAAGUUUUAGAAUUUUACAAGAUUUUCUUAGUAAUGUUUAUGGAUUUUUUUUAUCACUGAAGUUCGUCCUCACGGCUUUUUUUGGACGAUACCCCUAUUUUUUCCGUAAAGUGUAGUGUGUAGUGUGCAUGCACUGCGGCGCUUUCGCACAUGCCAUGUUUAAUGCAAUUUCCGCGAAAUCUCCUUUCACUCUCUGGCGGCCAUUUUGAACUUCGCAGAAUCACUUUCAACAAGAAAAAUUGCGUUUGCUCAAAAUGAGAAAUCGAAUCGUCACAUGACCCAUUGAACAUGCGCCUUUAAUGUUCCCUGUUGUUGACGCCCAUGACGUCACUUAAAAACAGAGGAUUUGGCCCCCCGCCCUUCUUUUUUGGUUUUGCUUUUUUUUUCCUCCACUAACGAAAACGCCGUGUCCUGUUAAGGAUGAAUUUUUUUAAAAAACCGAAAAAUGUCAAGAAAUGAUGAAAUAACAAUGAGUUAAAGACCUUAAUUUCCAGACAAUUUUUCCCGAAAUUUUUCUUUAUCCACAAUUAUACUCCUUAACUUUGACCUAUUCUUCCCAAUUUUAUAGAUUGGAAAUCGAAAAAUGAACUGAAGAGAAUGCUGGAAAUCGGCGGAGAGAAGGUGAUGAUGUCCCAGAAACAGUACGACAGCAUGGGCCGUUUUGGAGAGAAAGGUUUACUUUUUUUCAAGCUGGUCGCAAUACACCGUCGUGUGUAAAGGACGUGUAUGCAGACACCAUUUCCGUGAUACUAGUCGUCGAUGAAUUUUAACUACACGAAUCAUGUACACCCAAGGAAAAGAAAGCGCAAAAGGAAACGGUGUCUGCAUACACGCGCUUGCACGCGACGGAAAAUUGCGGACUUAGGGCUUUUGGAGCAGCCGGCGGCCUCGUCCUUUACUCCUUUCUAUUCUAUUAUUUUCAGGAAUAACCCUACUUGGCUUCCGACCAAUCGAUUCUAUCGAUGUCGAGCUCUGCGUGGCCGCCCCUAAAUUCCUGAGACCAAAUGAAGAGGUCAAUCCUUUCAAACGCGUUCAGGAACGCCAGAGUGGUCACUAGAAGGUUAAGGAAUAAAAGCAGUCACUAUAGGGGGCCAGAUAGAGCUCCCUAGAGGGGAAAACUUCAGGAAGUUAUUUCCUAAAGCGCAAGUGGUCCCUAUAGUGGUCUCCAUUUUUUUUUUUGUUAAGAAUUUGUAGAGGAAACAAGAUAUGAGGGACCGCUAACAGGCUCCCCUAGAGUGGCCACUUGUGCAAGCUUAAGUAAUCUCUACAGCGGGAGGUAAGGCAGUCUUAAGAGAGCGGCUUAAGGUUUUACCCUAUAGGGGCCGCUCUGGUGUUCCUAAGGUCGGAAGUAGUUGAUUGCGCACCAUUCAAACUUCAAUUUAGUCGACUCUUGGAAGUACCCGGCUCUACCGAGCAUUGCUGGACAGAUGCCACGAACGACAGCAAGCCAUGAUCUGCCGAUAUCAGAGCCGAUCCAAUGAACGACUUCGAUUGGUCGCCUUGAUCCCUUGGAAGAACACGACACCAAAAGAUGGCCCCGAAUCGACGGUGUGCAGCUUUUUUUGUAAUGAAAUCGAAGCUUUGUAACACGAAAUACUGAACUGCCCACGGGACGCCCCGGGCCGACCCGUCUCUCAAAAGUUGAAAAUGAGUGAAAAAAGGCGUUAUAGUCCGUUUUUCGCGACUUCUCUGCGCCCUACUUAUCUCUCAUUUUUACGUGCUAUUUCCACGUUUAUUUGACGGUGAGGGAACAGAGAGACGCAGACACGCGAAAACUGUCAUGUCGCGCCGGCUUGUCACGAUUUUUAUUUUACUCUGAUUUUUUGGGAUAAGCGAAACCUGUUUCUCUGCAUGCGUCUUUAAAUUUCCGUUCUAUUAAAGGAGCAUGCAUUAAAAAUACAGCGAGGAAAACAUGCCAAAUAUGUGAAAAAAGUCGUAAGGUUCAAAUCUCCGGAAAGGCUUGAUAAAAUUUAACAGAUUUUUAAAAUUUAACAGAAUUGAAUAGAUAAAUGAGCUUUUCUACUGGGAGAAAGACUGUUGCAGAAAAAACUACCAUUUUCAGAUUUUUCUUUUUUUUGGGGAAAUAGUGAUUGCGUGAGAAAGAAGAUUUUAGGUUUCAAAAAAAAAAAAAAAAGAAACUGAUUUUUUUCGGUGGGACAUUUCAUGUUUUCAAAAUCGAUUUCUCGGCGUAACAUUUUAUAUUUUGAUUGCUCAGGGCUUACAAAAGCUUAAGGCGCAAAGUUUUUCACUUCCUCGAAUAUAUAUAGUCCGUUUGUAUUUUGAAUGUCAAGUAGAAUGACGUCAUUCGAAAACGCUCUGUGGAUGGCUCGCUCUCUGAUUGGUUUAUCGGGCAAUUCGGGGCGGAGCUUGAGCAAGGACUCGACAAAAAAAAAAGCAGAGAGGGGGCCAUCAUCAGAGUGUUUUAAAUUGACAUCAUUGCAUUUCACAUUCAAAGUCUGAACAGUCUAAGGCUUCUUGUUUUGAGACGUCUUGUCUAUAACUUUCAAAAACUAUUUUCAAACAACGUCAGGCGUCUCAAAGAGCCGGAGCAGAUGUAUCCGACUUCAUUCACGACGGAUUCCACGUCUUCGUCCUACCGUACAAGGAAGAAGUACGAGACGACGUCGAAAGGAUUCGCUCAGGCGGACCGCUUGACGGAAAAUGGCCGGAAGGUGGCAUCUUCUGCAGAAUCCAAGAGAAUCAAAAUAUUUAGUUUGUGACACGGACGUUCACGUCGCUCGGGCGUUCGUCAAGAAGUUGACCAUGUCCUACAAUCCGAGCUUCUACGAGAAUCCAAGUAGCUGGACCCUAUUCUGAUUUUGAUCAAUGGGAUUUUGAUUGCAGGACUUCUCUCCCAGAAGGCGGCUCUUGUAGAGAGGGCCACCGGCGAUGUCAUCCUCGAACGGAAGGAUACUUUGGGUAAUGAAAUAUUCUCGAUUUUAUAUUGGAAAAGUAGAGAGGCUUCAUCUAGAAUAACCCAGAAACACGUGACUGAAGAUAGAUCAGAGAACCUGUACAAUAAAGGAAAUGGAGUUUUCUGGUUAGAAUGAAAAAAACAGAGCUGCUAAUAGGGCGAUCCGGCCCGCGAAGUGGUCGCUUUGUUAAAACAGCCUUUUUCUUCAAUCAAUCAAUAAAAUAAUUUAUUUUGUUGGUUUAGUCAUAAUCGACUAGGCGGUGAACAAUUCAGUUUUCCACCAGCCAUAUUUUCCCUCAUUUUUAACGUACGGGCAACUUCUUUUGAUCGCGGGGCUAUCCGUGUCGAAAGCUCUGGAAAAAAAAAGUUUAAGCCAACUUCUAUAAUGGUACCAAUGUGUCUGUUUCUCUCUGAUGUGAACAAAUUUUUUGAAUUUCAGCCUCAAUUUCUUUGUCUUUUCAGUCCCUUACCACGCCUACCCGGAGCGUAUGGAAAGAGUGAAAGAGGAGGUCAAGGAGUUCGUCGACUACUUUUGUUUGGAAGACGCGCUGCAUGCCCUGGAGGCCAAGCCCAAGACGCCCCGAAGACGGAACGCCAAGGUCGAAGGCGUCGACAUCAAGGAGGAAGACGAAGAAGGUUCGAUUCCUUGGCUUCGAUAGAGGGUCUUUUCGGAAGUGCAACUGUAUCCUCUGAAAAAAUAUUGACGUUUUAAGAUGUCUCCCCGCCGAAAAGAGUACGACAUGGAGCCGUCAAGAAAGAAGAAGCAUCCAGUGAAGCCGACGACGAAGUCCGGAAGCUUUUCGAGCGUGGAAAUGUGAAUUUCGAGAAAAUUCGCAAAACUGAACAAAUUUCCAGCUUUCCUCUUUGACGGUAGCCGAAUUGCGAGCGGCAAUUUCUUCCCACUGUGCGUGUGUCCCGAAAUCGACCCUGCGGAAAGCGCAACUCGUCGAAAUGCUGGAACAAUUCUUCAACGCCAACUAA